UCUGCGACAAUCAUGUCUGGUCGCGGCAAGGGAGGGAAAGGCCUGGGCAAAGGGGGCGCCAAGCGCCACCGCAAGGUGCUGCGCGACAACAUCCAGGGCAUCACCAAGCCCGCCAUCCGGCGGCUGGCCCGGCGCGGCGGCGUCAAGCGCAUCUCCGGCCUCAUCUACGAGGAGACCCGCGGGGUGCUCAAGGUGUUCCUGGAGAACGUGAUCCGCGACGCCGUCACCUACACGGAGCACGCCAAGCGCAAGACGGUCACGGCCAUGGACGUGGUCUACGCGCUCAAGCGCCAGGGCCGCACCCUCUACGGCUUCGGGGGCUGAGCGCACG